AACAGGAGAAAGGGCUUUGAAAUGGCUGAUUCAAUGUACACAUUAGAGCUACCAAUUAUUGGCUUUGAUAAAAUAUUAGCCGCUACCGAUAACUUCAGCACAACAAACAAACUUGGGGAAGGACGAUUUGGACCUAUUUAUAAGGGAAAGUUAGAAGGUGGGCAGCUAGUGGCAGUGAAAAGACUUUCGAGGCAUUCUGGACAAGGCGUGGAAGAGUUCAAGAAUGAGAUCAUAUUGAUAUCCAAACUGCAGCACAGGAAUCUUGUUAAGCUCUUGGGUUGCUGCAUUGAAGGAGAAGAGAAGCUAUUGGUUUAUGAGUACAUGACAAACAAAAGCUUGGACACUUUUCUCUUUGGUUGGUUUAUAGUCUCAUCUUUCCUCCUAUAAAUUGUUCAUAGCAUUCAAUAUUGUUACUACAACUAUGUCUAGCACUCAGGAAAGAAAUUUUCAAACCUCUUUUCUUCUUGUUCAUGCUUUAGAUGCAACGAAAAGGGUGAAGCAUGAUUGGGCUAAAGGCUUCCAUAUUAUUCAGGGUAUUGCUAGACGGCUUCUUUAUCUCCAUCGGGAUUCUUAUUUAAGGGUUAUUCAUAGAGAUUUGAAGGGUAGCAAUAUUCUCUUAGACGAUGACAUGAAUUCAAAAAUUUCAGACUUUGGGUUAGCGCGAACUUUCCAAGUGACAUAAGAACUGACAAAUACUCACAGAGUGGUGGGAACAUUGUAAGGAUCCUUUCUUUCCUUCAAUAGAUUUUGCUCACUUUUGCCGACAAUUUUCUCUACUGAUGCAAUUAUGUAUUGAUAUGGAACAUUUUAUGUUUGAAAUAUAACAAAUAUAAGUAUAAUGGAAAUAGCCACUAGUAAGGAUCACAAGAGGCUCACCGCUUUAA